GUUGUCAAGUUCACGGGCAAAUACACGCCGCUGCACCAGAGUCUCUAUUUCGACAUGUUCGAGCUGAUCGCAGACGUCCAGGACUGGCAGCCUUCCGGCAGCAGGAACGACGACCAGAUCGCCAUCAUCGGCAAGUCCCUGCAGGAGGUGGUCGGCAACGCGAAGCUCUUCCUGGUCGGUGCUGGCGCACUGGGCUGUGAGUAUUUGAAGUGCUUGGCGAUGAUGGGCGUCUGCUGCGGUCCCCAGGGCAAGAUCACAGUUACCGACAUGGACAGGAUCGAGGUGUCUAACCUCAACCGCCAGUUCCUCUUCAGGCAGACCGACGUCGGCAAGCCCAAGUCGGUGACCGCCGCCAAUGCCGCCAAGGUGAUGAACAUGGACCUGAAGGUGGAGGCGAUGGAGAUUCGCGUCGGCAACGACACGGAGGACGUCUUCGACGACGUCUUCUGGACCUCGCUGGAUUGCGUCGUCAACGCCCUGGACAACAUCCAGGCGCGGCUGUACGUGGACUCGCGGUGCGUGUGGUUCGCCAAACCCUUGCUCGAGUCCGGCACCCUGGGCACCAAGGCGAACGCCCAGGUGGUGCUGCCGUACCUGACGCAGUCGUACGGCGACUCCCAAGACCCUCCGGAGGAGUCGAUCCCCCUGUGCACCCUGAAGCACUUCCCGCACGCGAUCGAGCACACCAUCGAGUGGUCGCGCGACCUGUUCGAGCAGCUCUUCGUGGAGAGCCCCCGGGAGGUGAACACAUACCUCAGCGACACGGCAGCGUUCUUGAAAAAGGUGGCGCAAGAGGGCACUGGCACGUCGCAGCUCGCGCGGCUCAACGGCAUCAAGAGAAUACUGGAGCAGCGCAGCGGCCCCUUCGACAUGUGCGCCCGCUUCGCGGUGCUCGAGUUCCAGGACAAGUUCCACGAUUCCAUCGCGCAGCUCAUGCACACGUUCCCGAUCGACCACAAGACGAGCGAAGGGACCCUGUUCUGGAGCGGUCCCAAGCGGCCGCCUGCGGCGAUCAAGUUCGACGCAUCAGACGAGUUGCACUUAGAGUUCGUCAUGGCGGCUGCAAAUCUGUACGCUGCAGCUCUUGGAGUCCCAGCGUGCCACGAGAAAGAGCGGGUGCGCAAGAUGGCCUCGGGGGUGCAGCUGGGUACGUUCGUGGCCAAGGAGGUGAAGAUUAAGGUCGACGACAAGGACACAACUGCAGAGGGGUGCCAGGACGAUGACGAGGCAGCGCGCAAGAUGAUUGUAGAGAUGACGUCCCUGGGCGAGUCGCUGCAAGCGUCCAAGCCUUUAGAGCCAGCUGAGUUUGAGAAGGACGACGAUGCGAACUUCCACAUCGCAUUCAUCGCCGCUGCAGCGAACUUGCGGGCCAGGAACUACAAGAUCCCCGAGGCCGAUUUUCACAAGGUAAAGAUGACGGCGGGCAAGAUCAUCCCCGCCAUCGCCACCACGACGGCGAUGGUCACCGGCCUCGUGAGCGCGGAGCUCUUGAAACUGGUGGCGCUCAAAGAGCGCAAGGUGGAGAUGUUCAAGAACGCGUUCGUCAACCUUGCGCUGCCGCUGUGGGUCAUGUCGGAGCCCUUGCCUCCGCUGAAGACCAACAGCAAGGAACACGACCCUGUCGUCCUGGGUCCGGUGAAGGCCAAGCCCGAGGGCUUCACGACUUGGGACAAGGUGGAGCUCAACAUAGGCGACGUCACGCUCAAGCAGUUUGUGGAUUACCUCACUGACGAGGUUGGCGUCGAAGUCAUGAUCAUGUCUGCAGGGAACGCGUGCCUCUACAACGCGUACUUGCCUAAGCACAAGGAGCGGCUGAAAGAGAAGGUGAGUACUCUAUGGGAGACCGUGACGAAGCAGAAAAUGUCGCCGAAGAGGCGGUUCUUAAACAUCGAGGUGUCCGCGUCAGACCCCGACGACGGUGUCGACGUCCAGAUACCGACGAUCAAGUUCCAGUUCAGGGAGUGA